UUUCUGAGCUCUUUCAGUUUUCUCUAUAUAAGAUGAGUCGCAGUCGAGCUACAAAAGGAACCGUACCGCACAAACAUGAACAAAAGGCAGAGCCGGGAAUAGAGGUACUCCAUCGUAGGGAUCGAAAGAGACAAUGAAAUAUAAUCCAUCCAUUUCUUUUUCAUUUUCCACCAACCAAACUUAAUUGUCGAUUAUGAUGAUAAAAAUUUAUUAUAUUUUCUGCAGGGAGAUUAAAUUUUUUUUGAGAAAAGGGUAAUAUUAAGGAUUAAGAAAUCAGGAAAUUGGUCCACCCAUCUUUAUGCAUUUGUUUGUAUUGUGAUGGAAGUUUUAUUUUAUGAUGAUAAUGAUGAUUUAUUAUUGUGUACAAUAAACAAUAUUAUUACCAAUCGGCCCAAUGAGAAGAUCCAUUCCCUCUCGGUCCCAAAUUAAUUACAACCCAUCAUCGUGGGAUUCAAUUCGAUACUACAUAGCUUAGCUACGUACAAUGUUUGCAAUUAAUAAUUUUUUUUAAAUGGUUUGCAAUUGAUAAUUACUCCUCUCUAUACAAUAUUCUUGUGUUUUGUUCACUCAAUCAAACAAUUUAUUUAUAUCACUAUGAAAUAAUUAUCAUUCCGGACACAAAAAAACAUUCUUUUAGUCUAACGAUAUCGCUACAAUUUCACAACAAAAAAGUUGCGGGUUCGAAUUUGGUGGAUGUUUUACUGAAGCUCUCGCUCAUGAUUAGUUGUGGUGAUAGCCUACUAGAAAAGAUUUUUUUUAUUAUCAGGGUGGUUUUAGAAUUUGAAUUCUUACAAAUUUUCGAGAGAACGUUAAAGUUUUAUUGGUUGGGACUUGGGAUUGUGCAUCAUUUGAGUGAACCACUUUAGGGUUAGCCUUUGGGGGGCGUUGAGGGUGCAUGGGAGUUCCAUGAUGGAGGCGGGAGUUAGUAAUUGCCCACCAUUGAUCCAUCACCAUGCAUGCAGAAGUGGUGAAGCCAAAGUGAAAGGGAGAAAAAAAGGGGAAUUUCAUCACACAAAGCGAAGAAUAAAGAUAGGUAAUAACUAAUAAGAAUGGAGGAAGCCGAGUUAAAUGGUAAACCAGAAAAAGGUUAUCUUUUUAAUUUGGAUAAGAAAAGAUAGAGGAUGAGGAGGAUUGGUCUCACGUGAAUCCCUUCCCAGGUCCAUCAUAGGGGAAUUUCGUGGUACUCUACUAUCUUGUAUUCCGUAAUUACUAAACCAAUAGGCCGGUUUUUGGGAGUUCAAUUGGGGUUUAUAGUGGUAGUGGGCUAAUGGCCCAUGAAUGAAUAAAUUAAAACUGUUUGUGGCCGGAUCGGUUUGCUACGUGGAAUGGAAUAGUUCGGUUCAACUAUUUCUUAUCACUAAAACUUGUAUACCAGUUUAGUCUCCAAUAGACCGUCUUUUUGCGUAAAAAUGUCCCCCAAAAUUUACAAAAUCCAAGUCUUAUCCCGAAUACUACACAACAUGGUAAUCGAUCUCCAGUAAUUACAUUUUAAUGCAUGUAGUCAAAGUUUGAGUCCAUUUAUGGAUCACUUAACUCCAACUAUGUUGCCAUAAGCUUAAUCAUAUCAAUAAGCAUGAAUUAUCUACGCAAAGUAUUUCUUUCUUGCAGGGCUAACCAAAACUAGUUUACGACAUGGGCCGGGGAUAUAUAGCAGAGAGGAUAUGUACAUGAAAUCCUGUCGCGGGAUUGACUGUCUGGUGGUCAACAGAGUUCGAACGGUCUUUCUGUCUAUUCGGGAAUUAAUUAAUUGGUGUUAUGAUUAGUCAUUUCCAAACGGCCAUUUAACAUAUUAAUCUGGGAUUAGAUGAAUUACUUAUACCCAGUGCUCAUGUUUAAUUGACUAGGUAAAACUAGGGUGAUGUCUUUAAUUCAAGGUUGUUAACCCGCUGGUCGACCCGCGGGUUGACCCACUUUAACCCUGACCCGGUGAGAAAAACGGGCCGCACGCACCCGUCGGGUCGACCGGUACAAGGUAUUGGGUUAGAUGUCAAAUUGUGUCAUUUUUUCUUUGAUUUGCGAAAUGCGCCUAUUUUCCGAUUUUAUCUUUUCGCCUAACUCUAUCUUUGGAAUCCUAAUUUAAACAUUUGAAUAUAUAUGUUAUAUAAGUGUGUGUAAAUUUUCAAUAUAUGUUGGAUCUAAGUACGAAAUGUUAUUUUGGUGGAUAUAACUCAUAUGUUAGAUGAGAUUUGAUAUAAUUUAUCAGGAUAAGUACAAUAUAAUGACUAUUUCCAUAUUUUUGGGGCUAAAUCGGGCUACACCGGUUUAUCCAUUAAUCCUUGACCCACUAGCUCCACCGGGUCUGGGUCAACCCGCGGGUUGACAACCUUGUUUUAAUUAGAUACCUUUACUACUUUUUUCUCAUUACCCUAAUCUUAUUAUGGGGGAGGAUCCUUCUGGGGAGUACACUGUCAAGUCGGGGUACCACUUGGGUGUUCAGGUUAGUCGAUCUGGACGUGGUUGGAAAGAAGAGGUGUCAUGGUUUGAUGCUGCAUUUUGGAAAAGGAUUUAGGGCUUCAAUAUUCCUCCGAAGCUCAAGGUUUUCAUGUGGCAAGUUAUGCGCCAGGUGUUGCCGACGAUGGAAGCGCUGCGGGAGAAGGGAUAUGUUGUACCCUCAUAAUGUCCGGUAUGCUGCUAUGAAUGUGAAUCCAUUGAGCACUUGUUCCUCCACUGUCGCAUGGCUCGCGAACUAUGGGAAGGAUCGGGGUUAAUGCACACGAGGGUAGAUGUUCCGGGGUUUAACAUUGCCAUGUUUUGCAUCGAUGGUUUGAGCAGAAUGCUGAUCCAGAUUUAAUCAUGGUCUUUGUUUCACUUCUUUGGCGGGUUUGGAAGUCCUGUAAUUGGGUUGCUUUUGAUGGUAUACAAUAUACAACCCCAGUCCUUUGCGCCAAUUCACUCUGCAGGUUCAGGAAUGGAGGAGUUUGAACGAUGAGGCUCCAGUUUGCCACCCCCUGCCCAGCUGCUGGCCUCGCCGGUCCUGCCCCCCUCUCCUUUUCGCGGGAGAAGGGACAUAUUGUACCCUCACAAUGUCCGGUAUGUUGCUAUGAAUGUGAAUCCAUUGAGCACUUGUUCCUCCACUGUCGCGUGGCUUGCGAACUGUGGGAAGGAUCGGGGUUAAUGCACUCGAGGCUAGAUGUUCCGGGGUUUAACAUUGCCAUGUUUUGCGUCGAUGGUUUGAGCAGAAUGCUGAUCCAGAUUUAAUCAUGGCCUUUGUUUCACUCCUUUGGCGGGUUUGGAAGUCCCGUAAUUGGGUUGCUUUUGAUGGUAUACAAUAUACAACCCCAGUCCUUUGCGCCAAUUCACUCUGCAGGUUCAGGAAUGGAGGAGUGUGAACGAUGAGGCUCCAAUUUGCCACCCCCUGCCCAGCUGCUUGCCUUGCCGGUCCUGCCCCCUCUCCUUUUCGAUGUUUUAUUGAUGGUGCUGUGUGCGCCGAGUCUCAUGGUGCGGCUGGAAUGGUGAUAGUGGAUAGUGCAGGUUCAAUUAUUUUCGCUUUGGGUUUCCGUUAUGAGGGUAUGGUGGAUCCUUACCUGGUGGAACUUCCGGCGUUUAGGGAUGCUAUUCGUUGGUGUGCAAUGCAUGAUAUUCAGGGUAUAGAAUACCUUGGGGAUGCGCAGGUCGUUGUGAAUCAGAUUCAUCGUGGCAAUAUGAUGGAUGCUAGAGGUGGUGCAAUUCUGCAGGAGAUUAAUGGUUGGAAACAUCAGAUGUUUGAUUUUCGCUUGUGGACGAGGUCCGUGCUGUAAACUUUUUAUCUUUUCUUGGUAAUGCAAGUUAUCUAUUGGCAAAAAAAAAAUCCCUCCUAAACGGGAUGCAGCUCGCGCUUCGGAGAAAGCGGUGGUGGUGGCCCGUGGAGCUCCCAAGCGGAGGAGCAGGUCCGCUGGUCUUUCCAGUUGGUGACAGUUGUGGUGAUAAUUACCAAAGGGAAUUCCUCUUUACCAAAAAAAAAAAAACUGCAAUGGUUGGUGGCUAAUCUUUUUCCGAUGGUCAUCGUUGGCAUCAUCUUCGCCGUAAUAUGACGAACCGUUACAAUGAUGGUUUCAUCAUUAAAGUUUCCUUUAUGGAGCUAAAGGGACAUUAAUUGUCCAAAACCGUUUUUGUAAACGGGUUAUGACUCUUUUAAGAGCUUUGAAUAAAUUUGUGAUAUUACC